UUGGCCUCUAUAAUAUUUUAUAUCCACAAAUUAAAGAUCAUUUGGCUAUAAGAAAAAGAGCUACAUAUUCCUACUAUAAUAUAAGGCAAGCUAUAUGUAAAUAUAUUCCCAUCUCAAAUCUCUUUCUCUUUCUCUCACACACACAUUAAAUACACAACAAAACCUACUUUCUUUUGCUUUUCUCAUCCCACUAACUAAAAAAGAUAUCACUCACUCACUCUCCUUCUCUGCUUUUGAUCUUGUUCUCUUUUUUUUUGGAUUGUUAUAGAUCUAGAAAGGAUAUCAGACCAAAAGAUGAUCCAAGAACUGUUAGGAAAUUCAGGUCUCAUAGGUGGAGAGAGGAAAAUCUCCAUUAAUGGAGGACUUUUAGAAGCCACUACUUUACUCCCUAAUCUUUCACCAUCUCCUUCUCAUUGUUCUUCUUCAACACCAAGUACAACUACUGCUACUAACACUACCACCACCUCCGCCGCCGCCGCUGGCACCACCACAUCUAAUAAUAAUAACAACCCGGAGAGCCUGAGGUGUCCCCGGUGUGAUUCCGCCAACACAAAGUUCUGUUACUACAACAACUACAACCUCACUCAGCCCCGCCACUUCUGUAAGACUUGCCGCCGGUACUGGACCAAAGGAGGAGCCCUAAGGAACGUCCCAAUCGGCGGCGGAUGUCGGAAAAACAAGAGCAAUACUAUUGUGUCUUCCUCGGUUGUCUCCGGGAAGACUGGUGGCGUCAGCGCCGCUGGAAAGAUGAAGAUGGUGAUGAGUUCGGAGAUUGGACGGUCAGGAUUCAGCGGUUUCGAUCAUGAUCAGCUCUCACCUAGCCCAAUACUUUGGGGCUCGCCUCAGAAUUCUCAUCUCUUGGCCUUACUUAGGUCCACUACUCAAAACCCUAACCCUAACCCUAGCUCAAUGUGUGGUGGGAAGGAGGAACUGGGCAGUAAUGGUAUGAUUGGUUCUCACAACAUGAUGAGUAAUAGUACCGCUAGUACUACUGACUCAGGUAAGGGUUUGGAUCCACUGUCUCAGGCUCCAUCGCUUGGUCUGUGCAGCUCGUUUUGGAGAAACAACCAGCUUAAUCAAAAUCCACAUUACCAACAAAUGAACGGUUUGAUCAGCACAGCUAGUCUCGGUCAUAAUGAUCAUCAAGCUCAUCAUCAAAACAGUAAUAAUGGAUUUCAAGAGCUGUAUCAGAGGCUAAGAUCAUCAUCAUCAACAACAUCACCAGCUAAUUACUAUAACGAUCAUCAUAAUCACUCAACAGCUACGGUUGCAGCUGGAGGAGGUGAUCAAUUGGGUUUCUGGAAUAUUAACCCUCCAGCAUUUUCAUCAUGGUCUGAUCUCUCCACUACUACUAAUGGUGCAUACCCUUAAAAACCUUUUAAUAUAUAUUUUUUCUUUUCUUUUUUGGGAGGGGAUGAACAUCUUCAUCAUGAUAUGUUAGAAAUUAGGUUAAUUGGGGCUGUGUAAGGUUAUUAAUUUCUGUUUUCUUUUUUCACGGAUUGUAACUUGUAUUAUUUGACUCUUUUUCCCCCUAAUAUCUAUGUGUGUGUUAUUUUGA